GUCAUUUUAAUCACCAAUACGAAGUACAAUAGGACAAAUUGUGACUCGCGUAUUUCACUGUCCCUCUGACUGUGACGCUGCGGCUUCACUCCGCUCUCCAGUGUCUUUUUCUUCUGAUGCCUGUGGUGCAGAUGUGUUUUUUCGAAAGAAGAAUAUAGUUGUCGGUAGUAAUUGUUGCUCUUUUUUUUUUCUUCUGGGCAAAAACAUUUACCAAAAUUUUCCAAGCUGUAUUACGUAUUUUUAAAUAGGCUACUGAACCGAUAUCCGCACACAGGUAGAGAAGAAGCGCGGAGACUGUUUAGCCAAUCAGGACGCAGAACGCAAUACGCUGUGAAAAAUAGCUGCACAUAAAAAUCCGCGAGGCCGUGAAAGGUGAACCGCGUUAUAGCGAGGGUUCACUGUAGACAUAUCUGAGGAUCCAGACACAUUUCACAGAGGUUAUUGUCAACUCAACGGAGGGUCUCGAUUUCGGAGCUAAGACUUGGAUCUGGGUUCUAUCAUUUUUCUUUCGAUUAUCUGAAAGUUGGACCGAAGAAACGGUCAUGAAUCCAAAUGUGGAAGUAGUGGCUGUGAUUCUGGGGUUCAUCGGAUGGGUGCUGAUCGGGGUCACGCUGCAUAAUCCUUGCUGGAAGGAGUCCACCGACGACGGGAGCGUCAUCACCACCUCCAACAUCUACGAGAAUCUGUGGAUGUCCUGCGCCACGGAUUCAACCGGGAUCUAUGACUGCAAGGAGUUUCCAUCAGUGCUUGCCUUGAAUGAUUAUAUCCAAGCCUGCCGUGCCCUGAUGAUUGCGUCCAUACCGUUCGGCACCUUUGGCCUGGUGGGGUCCCUGGUCGGAAUCAAGUGUUCAAAAGCAGGGGGAGAAAACUAUGUUCUCAAAGGGAGGAUUGCCGGCACCGCCGGGGUUCUAUUCAUCCUGCAAGGUCUUUGCACCAUGGUCUCGGUGUCGUGGUACGCCUUCAACAUCACCCAGGAGUUCUUUGACCCCUUCUAUCCGGGAAUCAAGUAUGAAAUAGGAGAAGGACUUUACAUCGGCUGGUGCUCGGCCUUGCUCGCCAUCACCGGAGGAGUCUGUCUCUCCUGCUCCUGCAAAGUGGGCACAAAGGAAAAAUAUCCUAUGCGUUACACUGACAGAGGAACAGCAUACUCUGGAGUUGCACCAAGCAGAAGUGCUGCAACCAUCACUUAUGGACAAAUCGCUUACAUCUGAGCAGGACGGCAUUUUUCUGACAUCUUCUCCCUUUUUAUUCUUGUACAUAAAUCAUUCAGGUUUUUUUACCUUAACUCUUUGCUGUGAACUUGCACCAUUUGCUUACUGUUGGCAGUAACUGUAAUGUAUAUAGUCACAAUUUCUGAUGAAUUUCCUGUAUAAAUCAUUAUUAAGGCCGACGAUAUAAACACUGUACAGAGCUGUUUCGCUUCUCUCUCUGCCACAACACAGACUGAGUCAUUUUACAAUUUCUGUUUGUAUUUCACUGAUGAAAUCAGCAUGUGGGCAUUUACCAAAACAAUAAAUUAUGCUUUGAUCUUCAUGAACAAGCACAGAUAUUUAUGCGGUAAAAAUAGAGCUGAUUCAGGUUUUAUUU